UCCUCUCCGGCAGCCCGGCAGCCCGGCAGCUCGGCAGCCCCGCAGCCCCACUCUCGGCUUCGCCCUCCUCCUCCUUUCCGCCUCCGCUGCGCGCACCCCCGCGCACACCCAGGGAUUCCGGCCGGCGUCUAGCCCUUAGCGCUUCGCCGCCCGGCCCGGGCACCUCCGCCGCAGCUGGGGCCCGAACGGCGGCCACGCAGCCGGUGUCCUUCUCAGGCGGCCGCUCCCGCGUUCAUCUCCGGAUGCCAGCACUACGUUAGCCCAGGCGGGGAACCCCUUCUGCGGCGCCCUCCUCUAAACUCCCGCCUGUCCCGGCCGCCCCCACCCCUCCACCUGGCGGGGGCAGCGCGGAAGCGAAGAGGACGCGCGCGGUGCCGGUGAGCGCGCGUAGACGUGUGUGCGAUCCGCUCUCUGCUUGGCAUUCUCCGUCUCCUGCAAGUGACGGUGCCUGGACUCUGCUUUCGGCUCCCGGAAUUGGUGCGGCCAGCCUGAGCCCCCUCUUCGCUGGCGUGGCGCUAAAGGCUAUUUUGGAGAACGGUGGAGGUGGCCGCGGCGGCGGCGGCGGCGGCGGCUGAGGCUGGUGCCCGAGAAAGCUCCAGACUCACACUCUGCCCCCUGUCCGUCCCUCUCCUCCUUCUUACCCCUCCUCCCUUCCCUUCCUCCCCACCCCCGUCCCCCUCGCCCCACUCUUCCUCUUCCUCCUCCUCCUCCUCUUCCUCCUCUCCCCGCUCGGCGAUGCGAGCCUGUAUCGUGUAACAGGAUUGGCGUUGCAAUGGCAACUGAUGGAAUGGGGGAAGGCAAGACAGCAGGGCUGGGGGCUCCGGACUGCGGGCGGGCGGGCCGCUGCCGCCGCUUGACGCUCCUCCGGGGACCUUCGCGAGUUACUUUGUAAAGGCGAACCCAAGCGAGGAAGCCCCUGCUCGGUGCCCCGAGUCAGAGGCCACUUCCUGCUCCCUGGCUGCCCGCGUCAGGCUCGCACCGCUCGGCACACCCGGCCCCUCGCCAGCACCCGCCGCCGGCCCAGCGCGCCGCCGCCGCCGCCGCCGCCGCAGCAGCAGCUGCGAAGACUCCAGUCCGCUCCCCUGAAGAACACUUCGCCUCACGGCUCCGCUUCCCAUCACGCCCCCUGCUCCUCCCCGGCGUCUGCGAUUUUCCCAGGCGCCCAGUGUGAGUGAGGCGUGCGUGUGAGUCUGUGUCAGGGUAUUGUGUUGUGGGAGUGUGUGUGUGUGUGUGUAUGAGUGUGGGGUGUGCGGGGCUCCUGCGCUCCGCUCACGGCCGCCGCCGGGGAAAGACAGACGGACUGCGCUUCCCCCUUCCGCGAGCGGUUCCCGGGCACCUCGGCUCGGCUGGGGAGCGAGCGGGGCGCGCCCGGCUGGCCGCCGGCCUCCAGAAGGUCCCGCUGCGUCCCCCCUGGGCUGGAUAUGUUCAUGUUCACGUGAAGAUGGAUUUAGUGUACGGUCUCGUGUGGCUGCUGACAGUCUUCCUGGAGGGGAUCUCUGGCCAAGGAGUGUACGCUCCCCCCACGGUUCGUAUUGUGCAUUCAGGCUUGGCCUGUAACAUUGAGGAGGAGCGCUACUCGGAAAGGGUCUACACUAUACGGGAAGGAGAAACCCUGGAAUUGACCUGUCUGGUCACAGGACAUCCACGUCCACAGAUCAGGUGGACCAAAACAGCAGGAAGUGCUUCUGACAGAUUCCAAGACUCAAGUGUCUUCAACGAGACUUUGAGGAUUACAAAUAUUCAGCGACACCAAGGAGGCCGGUAUUACUGUAAAGCAGAGAAUGGCCUGGGGUCCCCAGCGAUAAAGUCAAUCAGAGUGGAUGUGUACUAUUUGGAUGAUCCAGUAGUAACUGUUCAUCAAAGUAUAGGUGAAGCUAAAGAACAGUUUUACUAUGAGAGAACAGUGUUCCUCCGGUGUGUUGCCAAUUCCAAUCCACCUGUUCGGUACAGCUGGAGACGUGGCCAGGAGGUGUUACUACAAGGAUCUGAUAAAGGAGUUGAGAUUUAUGAACCCUUCUUUACCCAGGGUGAAACAAAGAUAUUAAAACUAAAGAAUCUUCGACCUCAGGACUAUGCUAAUUAUAGCUGCAUUGCUUCAGUGAGGAAUGUAUGUAAUAUUCCUGAUAAGAUGGUGUCAUUUAGACUUUCCAAUAAAACAGCAUCUCCUUCAAUUAAACUCUUGGUGGAUGACCCUAUAGUUGUAAAUCCUGGAGAGGCCAUAACAUUAGUAUGUGUUACGACAGGAGGAGAGCCUGUACCCUCUCUCACUUGGGUCAGGUCCUUUGGGACUCUGCCUGAAAAGACUGUUUUGACUGGAGGAACUUUAACCAUACCUGCCAUCACCUCAGAAGAUGCUGGUACUUACAGCUGCAUUGCCAAUAAUAAUGUGGGAAACCCUGCAAAAAAGUCUACCAACAUCAUUGUGAGAGCAUUAAAAAAAGGACGAUUUUGGAUCACACCAGAUCCUUAUCACAAAGAUGACAACAUCCAGAUUGGGCGUGAGGUGAAAAUAUCUUGCCAAGUAGAAGCUGUUCCUUCUGAGGAGUUAACAUUUAGUUGGUUUAAAAAUGGUCGUCCAUUAAGAAGUUCUGAACGGAUGGUUAUUACGCAGACUGAUCCAGAUGUCUCCCCGGGAACGACAAACUUGGACAUCAUUGAUUUAAAAUUCACGGAUUUUGGGACAUACACAUGUGUAGCAUCUCUGAAGGGAGGAGGAAUAUCUGAUAUCAGUAUUGAUGUUAAUAUAUCCAGCAGCACAGUUCCACCCAAUCUGACUGUUCCACAGGAAAAAUCACCUUUGGUCACCAGAGAAGGAGACACAAUAGAACUGCAGUGUCAAGUAACUGGAAAACCUAAACCCAUCAUCCUUUGGUCUAGAGCGGAUAAAGAAGUUGCAAUGCCUGAUGGGUCAAUGCAAAUGGAGAGUUAUGAUGGAACACUGAGGAUUGUGAAUGUAUCUAGGGAAAUGUCAGGAAUGUACCGAUGUCAGACCAGCCAGUACAAUGGAUUUAAUGUGAAACCAAGAGAAGCCUUGGUGCAGCUCAUCGUGCAGUAUCCUCCUGCUGUGGAACCAGCAUUUCUGGAAAUCCGGCAAGGACAAGACCGCAGUGUCACUAUGAGCUGCAGGGUCCUGAGAGCCUAUCCAAUACGGGUGCUGACCUAUGAGUGGCGCUUGGGAAACAAAUUAUUACGGAUGGGUCAAUUUGACUCUCAAGAAUACACAGAGUACCCAGUGAAGAGUCUUUCCAACGAAAACUAUGGGGUUUAUAAUUGUAGCAUCAUAAAUGAAGCUGGAGCAGGGAGAUGCAGCUUUCUUGUUACAGGAAAGGCCUAUGCUCCAGAAUUCUAUUACGAUACCUACAAUCCUGUGUGGCAGAACAGACACCGUGUUUACUCCUAUAGUCUACAGUGGACUCAAAUGAAUCCUGAUGCAGUAGAUCGGAUCGUUGCAUACCGGUUGGGUAUUAGGCAGGCUGGACAGCAGCGAUGGUGGGAACAGGAGAUUAAAAUAAAUGGGAAUAUUCAAAAGGGAGAAUUAAUUACAUAUAACUUGACUGAGCUAAUUAAACCAGAGGCUUAUGAAGUCCGACUGACUCCUCUCACCAAAUUUGGAGAAGGAGAUUCAACAAUUCGUGUCAUCAAAUAUAGUGCUCCUGUUAAUCCUCAUUUGAGAGAAUUUCACUGUGGAUUUGAAGAUGGUAACAUUUGUUUGUUUACCCAAGAUGAUACAGACAAUUUUGACUGGACAAAGCAAAGUACUGCAACAAGAAAUACAAAAUAUACUCCAAACACUGGACCUAAUGCUGAUCGUAGUGGCUCCAAAGAAGGUUUUUAUAUGUACAUUGAGACAUCUAGACCCAGAUUGGAAGGAGAAAAGGCUCGACUUCUCAGCCCUGUUUUCAGCAUAGCUCCCAAAAACCCUUAUGGACCCACGAACACUGCAUAUUGUCUCAGCUUCUUUUAUCACAUGUAUGGACAACAUAUAGGUGUUUUAAAUGUUUAUCUACGUUUGAAAGGGCAGACAACGAUAGAGAAUCCACUGUGGUCUUCAAGUGGGAAUAAAGGACAACGGUGGAAUGAGGCACAUGUUAAUAUAUAUCCAAUUACUUCAUUUCAGCUCAUUUUUGAAGGUAUUCGAGGUCCUGGCAUAGAAGGUGACAUUGCCAUUGAUGAUGUAUCAAUUGCAGAAGGAGAAUGUGCAAAACAAGACUUAACGACUAAGAAUUCCGUUGAUGGUGCUGUUGGAAUUUUAGUACAUAUAUGGCUUUUUCCGGUUAUCGUCCUCAUCUCUAUCUUAAGUCCUCGAAGGUGACCUUACCCUGGCAGAGGCUAUAAAAGAUUCACCAGGCACUGGCAUGAAGAAAGAGUCUUUGUAAAUGGACAUUGAAAAAACAAACUACCAAAGAUUCCUCCACUGACUACUGACUCAAAAUAAAAUAAUAAAAACAAAUUUUUUAAGCACUGGGGAUAAAAAGACAUCAUGGAAAUAUAACUUAUUCCGCACUACAAAUAAAAGAAAAUCUUGACCUGAGUAGAGAAGAGACCUUCAGGUGCUUUUGUGGCUAAAAAGAUUACAGCGUCAUCUGGUCAUCUGGUUGAACUCGGAAAAAAAAAAAAAAAAAAAGUAUAGAAA